CAUAAGUAGAAUGGGACAUAUAGGUGAGGCUGACACCGUCUAAUGGUCGCUCAUUGUGGCAGGAUGGUCAUUGCACUGGGACUGACACCGGAACACAGCCGGGACACACGGAGGACUGACACAGUGUCACCAUAUUGUGAUAGACAUGUGAGACUUCCACUCAGCUGUCACUGGGACUGAAAUGAGCUGAGUAUGGACUCCAGGACCAGGGAAAAACCUGAGAGAACAUUUGAUUUGGUGCUGAAAGUAGAGUGCCCAGCCUCUGAAAAUGAAGACCCUGCCUUACUGUGGAAGUUCCCGGAGGAUUUCUCUGACCAGGAAAUUCUGUGCGUGGUGCCAAAGUUCUGCUUUCCCUUUGCUAUUGACAGAGGAGCGCAGGCACAGAUGGGACAGCACUUUACCUUUGUUCUGACUGAUAUUGAUGGAAAACAAAGAUUUGGUUUUUGCCGCUUGACCUCAGGAGGUAAAAUAUGCCUGUGUAUACUAAGUUAUCUGCCCUGGUUUGAAGUCUACUACAAACUAUUAAAUACACUGGCUGACUAUUUAGUAAAAGAGCAGGAAAACGACUUGAAUGAUAUACUAAAGACUCUGUAUAAUCACCCGGUUCCCAAAGCUCACACUCCGAUUAGUCUGAACCUGAACCCACUACAGUUUGUUUCAAGCGAACCUGUUAUGAAAAAUGUUUCCUCUCCAGAGUUGCAUUCGUUUUUUAUUACUCCUGACGUAACCGGACUGCCUACAAUCCCUGAAAGUAGGAACCUGACAGAGUAUUUUGUAGCAGUCGAUGUAAAUAAUAUGCUUCAGAUCUAUGCCAGCAUGCUGCACGAACGUAGAAUCAUUUUCACCUCCAGGAAGUUAAGCACGUUAACAGCCUGUGUUCACGCCUCUGCUUCCCUGCUCUACCCCAUGUACUGGCAGCACAUUUACAUCCCAGUUCUUCCUCCACACCUUUUGGACUAUUGCUGUGCCCCUAUGCCUUAUCUAAUUGGAGUUCACUUCAGCCUUCUAGAGAGGGUGAGAAGCCGUUCUCUGGACGAUGUAGUUUUGCUUAAUGUGGACACCAACUCUUUGGAAACUCCUUUCAACGACCUCUCCGCAUUACCCAUUGAAGUGGUCUCAACCUUGAAAAGCAAGUUGAAGAAGCAGUCUACAUCAACAGGAGAUGGAGUAUCUCGAGCUUUUCUCAGAGCCCAGGCCACCCUGUUUGGUUCCUACAGGGAUGCUCUCCGAUACAAACCUGGGGAACCAAUCACCUUUUCAGAAGAGUGUUUUGUAGCACACCGCUCCAGCACCAUGAAGCAGUUUUUAGAAACCGCUGUCAACCUCCAGCUCUUCAAACAGUUUAUUGAUGGACGGUUAGAGAAACUGAACUCGGGACACGACUUCUCCGACAUAUUUGAGGAAGAGAUCAUAUCAGGAAACGCUCGGUCCUACCAGUGGAUGCACACCAUGAAGAAAGGAGGAGCACUGAUUAAUACAGCAGUGACCAAAGCCAGCCCAGUUAUGAAGAAUGCCUAUAUGUAUGCCAAACAAGGCAUCAAGGAGGUAAAGAGCAAGUUGAAAAAUAAGGAAUUUGAAGAGGAAAAUGUGGAGCCCAUGAACUCUAAUACCUUCCCAUUAAGCAGCUCACAGCGUCCUAUCUCUGAGAGAAGGAAACUCUCACAGACACGAAGGAAUCGGCACCUGAUGAACAUGACAGGCCACAACUCUGGACUGGAAGAUUCAGAUGUAGCCGACAGUGCCAGCAAAUUGUCAUCGGAAGACAGUGAAGAAGCAUCUGGAUAUUUGUAUGACAGUGACGCUUCAUAUGAUGAUGUGAGCCUUUCCUCACGUCCAGGGGGAGAGAUGGAUCUCCUGGGAGAAAUUCUGGACUCGUUGAGCACUCACAGUUCUGAUACCGGUGGAGCCCGGCUCACAGCUGCCAAAAGUCUGGACUUUUUUCGCUCAGUUGAGGAUUUAGACUACAAAGUUAUGAAGAAGCCGGGUACCCCCAGCGAAGACACCCUGAGCUCACGGAGUGCAGGUGCUAGUGAAAACCGGAAGUUUGGCCAAGAUGAUGGUGUCCUUUACAGAAAACAUCUCUUGCCUUCACCCCGCAGGCAAAACAGGGAAGAGACACCUUUUAAAGACUGUGACCGACCCAGGUCAGAAUUCCCCACAAUUCUUCUUACUGGUGUUCCAGACUCUGAAACACUUGGACGCCCCACUUCUCUCUUUUGCCAUCGGCAGAUGCAAACAGGAUACGUUGUUGGUAUCCCUUAUGAUGUGCUUCCACAGAAGAGCCUGACUGCACAGGUUCAAUGGGAAAAGGAGACCGAGCUGCAAGAUACACAAAGCAGGAACCCACCUUAA